GAGAGAGAGAGAGAGGGAGGGAGGGGACGCCAGCGUAAUAUUCCCACCGUUUUCUCUCCUCCGUGCAGCCGAGAAGAAAAAAAAAACAAGGGCAUCCAUCGAUCCCUCCAUCCAUCCUCUCUGCAUCUCAUCACCGAAAUAUACAACGCAUCCAUCCCGUCGUUUCUUAACAUCGCUAGCCGGUCUCCUGUUCUCUACCUGGAGGUGUCGGUUUGUCUUUCAGCCUGCGGGGGAUUGCCGUGCCGUGCCGAGCCGAGCGGCAGGGGCGUGAGAGGCGGAUGCUGCGCGCGUAGAGGCAGGGUACCAACCAGGAGCAUCACCGCACUCACCACGAUGGACAGAAUGAGUUUUCUCUCCUUCCUCCUCCUUUGCUUGACUUCGGUUGCCAGUGGCAACAAAGCCAAUAAGCACAAGCCAUGGAUCGAGACAGAGUACCAGGGGAUUGUCAUGGAGAACGACAACACCGUGCUGCUCAAUCCUCCUCUCUUUGCCCUGGACAAAGAUGCUCCACUUCACUAUGCUGGCGAAAUUUGUGGCUUCCGUGUUCACAACGGGCCCUCGGGUUCGGGUUCGGUCCAGUUCGAGGCGGUGGUUCUGGACCGCUCCACUGGCGAGGGUCUGGUCCGGUCCAAGGAGCCCCUGGACUGCGAGAGCCAGCGGGAGCACAGCUUCACCAUCCAGGCCUACGACUGCGGAGAGGGACCCGACGGAGUCAACAGCAAAAAAUCCCACAAGGCCACCGUGCACGUCCGUGUGAACGACGUCAAUGAGUUCUCCCCGGUGUUUGUCGAGCGUCGCUACGAGGCCUCCGUCCCGGAGGGCCGCCUGUUUGACCGGAUCGUGCGCGUGGAGGCUCUGGAUGCCGACUGCUCCCCGCAGUACAGCCAGAUUUGCUUCUAUGACAUCAUCACUCCCAACGUGCCCUUUGCCAUUGACAACGACGGUAACAUCAAGAACACAGAGCCGUUGGACUCGAAGCGCCAGCGCGUUCACACCUUCUGGGUGACCGCUUUCGACUGCGGAAAGAACCGCGCUCAGGCUGACGCUCAAGUUGUUGUCACGGUCAAGCCGUCCUGCAAACCCGGCUGGAUCGGAUGGACCAAGCGCGUCGAGUACACCCCUGGGUCAGGAAGCAUCCCCCUGUUCCCCAGCCUGCACCUGGAGACCUGUGAGGAGACCGUGUGGAACAUCCAGGCCACUGUAGAGCUUCAGACUGGCCACAUCGGGAAGGGCUGCGACAGAGACAGCUACUCUGACAGAUCCGUGCGGCGGCUGUGUGGUGCAGUCAGGGGCGAGGUAGACCUCCUCCCACCUCCGUCUCCCGCCGCAAACUGGACCUCAGCCCUGCCCACCCUCCCCUCUUCUGAUUCAUCUCUGGUCUUCUCCUUCAACGGCUCCAAUCACGUUGCCGUGGUGCCAGACUCGGUUGUGUCUGCGCUGUCCGGCGACCACUUCACCCUCCAGCUGUGGAUGCGAAGGGGCGGCGCCAACAUCCAGCCUUCCACCACUCAGACCAGGGGAAGUCGCAAGGAGGAGGAGACCAUUGUGUGCAGCACCGUCAAGAACGAUGACUCCUUCUCCCACUACUCCCUCUCCGUCCACGGCUGCCGCCUCUCCCUCUUCUACUGGCCCGACGUCUCGGCCGCGCGGCCCGUCAAGUUCCUGUGGAAACUGGAGCAGGUGUGCGACAGCGAGUGGCAUCAUCUUUCGCUCAGCGUCCAGUUCCCGUCAGUCACCCUCUACGUGGACGGCGUGACCUUUGACCCCGCCCUCAUCCAUGACAACGGCGCCAUCCCCAACCCCGCCCCCCGCCAGAGGAUGUUCAUCGGCGCCUGCUGGGAGCCUGAAGAGAAGCAGAAAGAGAUACUAAACAACACCAUCCCAGAGGGUAAAGACUCAGUGAAGUACGUCGGCGGUUACCACGGCCUGUUGUCGGGGGUGACGGUGCGUCCAGGCAGCGUGGAGCCUCACAGCGUGGUGGAGUGUCUGUACGCCUGCAGGGAGGGGCUGGACUUCGGUGACCUAGAGACCUUGGGCUCUGGCAUGAAGGUCCAUGUGAACCCCAGCCAGUCUGUGUUGGUGCUGGAGGGAGACGACAUUGAGAGCUUCAACCGCGCAGUGCAGCAGGUCACCUACAGAAACUCUCUGCGCUUCGCCACCCCCGGAGUCCGUCCGCUCAAGCUCACCACCUCUCUCAGAUGUUUCAACGAGGAGAGCUGCCUGUCCCUCAAACAGCUGGAGGGGUACCUGGUGGUUCUUCAGCCUGACGCCCCUCAGAUCUCUCUGUCUGGAGUUGGUCCUCAUCUGGCCCGUCCGGCCCCCGAGUUCGAAGGCCCCCGCGGUGUCCCCCUCUUCCCCGAGCUCCGUAUCGUCUGCUCACUGUCUCACGCUGUUAACACAGCUGCACAGGGGAUGGAGGGUGGAGCCCUGAUGUCCGAUGCCGUUGCUCACACUUUGGACGGCUGUGAGGUCCAACCGUUGGGUGAGGAGCUAAACCCAGAGAGGGAGGAGCUUCUGGUGGACAUGGAUGUUGUGCGAGAACGGGGACUGGAAAUCAUCAACACUACAGCUUAUAUUGCCAUCACAGGUGCCGAAUCUAUCUCCGUAUACGAGGACGUCCUUCGAUCAGUCCGCUACCGGCUGGCCAAAGGCUCGGCCCGCUUCGAGAGGCGGUUCCGCCUGUCCUGCUCCGAGAUGAACGGCAGAUACACCAGCAACGAGCUGACUCUGGAGGUGAACUUCCUCCACUCUAUGGACAGUCUGUACCACCCGUCCCACCUGCUGGCCUCCCAGCAGCAGUUUCUCCAUCCAUCCCACCACGCCGGAGAGCUGAGUGGACACACCCUUCCAAAUCCACACCGCAACUCAGUGGUGCCAGGAGCAGCUACAGUCAUCAUCAUGGUGUGUGUCGGCUUCCUGGUCGUCAUGGUGAUCCUGGGCGUUUUCCGAAUCCGCUCCAUCCACCGCCGAGGCGAAGGCUCCAGAGGCGGGGCUAAAGAGGGCAGCGGCCAGUGGGACGACUCCGCGCUCACCAUCAUCGUCAACCCAAUGGAGUCCUACGAGUCUCGCAUGGGCAUCUCCGCCGACACGGAGGGGGAGGGAGAGGAGGACGAGGAGGUAGCAGAGUCGCCUGACGACGCGAGCGACGACCAGCGAAUCAUCAUCAAGAAGGAGGGCAGAGACGGCAACGCCCGCCGCUACUGAGCGCGUCUCUGCGCCGGUUCUCAUGGAAACCACAAAUCAGCUCACACACUCCAACACUUUUAAUAUCAACGACUGCUGACACCACUCAUAUAAGGAAUGUAUGCUUACAACACACAAUGCACAACACAGUCACCUGUAAUACUCUUGACACUCAACGCCAUAUGUGACCUAUAGCCAGUGACGGGCUGUUGUUCUCCACCUAAAUGUUCAAUGGCACAAUGUAUACAGUUAAUGUAAUUUAACCACUUGACUAAAACCCCACCGAAAUUGUAUGUGGUGCACCGGUUCUAAAUCACAAAAUGAUCAUGUGUCUGUAUAGUGUAAUACUGGUUGAAUGAGACGGUUAUAGGGUUUUUUUUUUUUAAACAAAGAGAGAAAAAAGAUUGUACAUUGUCUUUUGGUUUUGAACACAGAAUGAAAUGUAAACUGAAAACAACUCCCAACAUCCAGGCCUUGAGUAGAUCCGCAGGCAAAGACACAAGCCCUGAUCCCGACACAUCUCUCUUUAUUAGACUGACUCGAGAAGUCUGUGCACAAGCUCUUUCCCGCCCUUCUUUUUUGACAUGUUCCUUCGUCACCUUUAACCACAGAGUGAUCACAGUGAGGUCAGACAUUACGGUCACUUACUCAUGAAACCUAAACUCUGAUUUACUUGCAGUGUUUCUCCUUUGGUGUUGUGAGACUGCAGAUUUGCUGACAACCGAACACCUCAUCUUAUACACAAGCCGACAACAUCUGCACUGCUCCGAGAAUACAGAAUAGUUGAGUCUGUGUAUAUCACUGUGGUUUCUGCUAAGAAGUGGAGUCUUUGCAGAGUUUCAGCUUGUGCCGCUUAAUGACAAAAAAAAAAUAAAAAUAAAAAAAAUCACAGUCUAGACUAAAACUGGUGACCUCUUACAACCCCCCACCCCUCACUUAGUGACCGCUGGAAUGUCUCUAUACGACUCUCACUGCACUGUUUCACCCACUGCACACUGCUCUUACAGUAACUACAAGAUGUCACAUGUAAACACAAACAAACACAAGAACAUACUCCAUGACGCUUUCCCCCUACUGUUUCCAGAAUGUCCGCUCAGCUUGGGCAGUUUUGAUUGUAUUGAUUGUAAUGAAUUCUCUGUACAUACAACGAUGACUAUUAUGAUAAUAUUGUUAUUACUAUUAUUAUUGCUGCCACUCUUUCUCUUGUUCUGCACACGUCGAGAGGGAGCAAACUAUCAUUGACUUUAUUUUCCCCAUUUGAGUAAUCACCUUUACAGCAUCGGAAAACAGUAUAAUAAUAAUAAUAAUAGUAGUAGUGAUAAGGAUGAUAAUCCCUGGCUUGAUGAGUGUCUCUUAAUUUGUGUGUAAUAUUGUUGUAAUUUAAAAACUUGUUGAUAUCUGAAUCACAGAAAAGGGAGGGCACAUUGUCGUGAUACUUACAUACGUCUCAUUCAUCUUUUCACAUUAUAAAACGAGACCUUUUUUUAAAACAGUUUUUAUUAUUAUUAUUAUUAUUUGCUUUCCACUCCAUCUAGUAUCUUUGGUUCAAUGAAUGUGCAGCCGUGUGCUUCUCCUCACCUUUCCCUCCCCCCCUCUGGCCUCCCCUGCCUUUUUCCUUCACCUCUCCCUCACUGUCCCUCUGUGUCUCUUGCUGUCUGUCUGUGUAGCCUAUCAAUGUGCAGUGCUAAAGCUGUCAGUAAAUAAAGCCUGUUGUUUCUGAGUGUGAUGUUAAGAAGGAAUAAACAUUGCAUUGAUUAAUAACUUAUAUUAUUACUAUGUUACUAUUCGAACAUUACCUGUAAUUAUUGAUACGAUGACGACAUGGAUUAUGCUGGCUAAUUGUUAUUGAGAAGUGUCAGAAAACAUAACAAAAUUCAUAAUAAAAACACUAUAUGACGUCUC